AUGAAUAAAGAAGAUGAAAUUCCUCCUCUUCCAUUUAUAAUUAUUAAUAACACUGAAUGUAUUGUUUGUAAAAAAAGUUUCAAGUCUAGUCGUGGUCUCUUUCAACAUAAAAAUAUAAUCCGUAAAUACAAUGAAAUACCUGCAAGACAAGAAAAAAUUCCAAGUUUUUUAAUUAAUAAAUUUAAAGAAAAUAUUGUUUAUUUGAUUCAUAGACGACUUGGAAAGAAAAAUACUGGAUUACAAACUGUAUCUAUGGAUUGUCCAGUGGAUUUAUUUAAAGAAAUUUUUAAAAAUUAUAUUCACUAUUAUACGAAAAGAACUGGAGCAUUAAAGUGUGUUUUUCGCGGAUCUACAGGUUAUCAAGAAUUAUCCAAUAUUUUUGAUGAUUCCAAUUGGGGGGUGAAAUAUUAUCAGCAAAAUCAAAAAACAUUUGUUCAAUUAAGCAGUCAAAACCAAGAAGAGAGCCCAUUAAGUAAACUUAGAUUAAAAAAGGCAAUCAAGAAUCCAAAAUAUUCUUAUGGAGAACUCAUAGUUGAAUGGAAGCAAAAAAAUGACAUUGAUGCUAAAAAAAAUGUACAUAAUGGUGGAUUUAUGUACAUACAUUUUUUUGUAUCAAGAGGAUUGUAUAUUUGAAAAAAAAAAAUAAAAAAUAAUUUA